CAAAACUUAAUACAUCCAGCUAUAUUGUCCCUAACUUCCAAAUAUUCAUCAUAUUCAAUUGUUGGUUCAAUUCCAAGAUGUAUUGCAAUGUUGAAAGCUUUUAAAACUGUAAUUUCAGAAUAUCAAACUCCAGAAGGUACAACAUUAACAAGAAAUUUAACAAAUUAUUUAGGUUAUCAAAUUGAUUAUUUGAAAACUUCAAGACCAUUAUCAGUCACCAUGGGUAAUGCAAUUAGAUGGUUAAAACAGGAAAUUUCAUUAAUUUCUAUAGAUACUUCAGAUAUUGAUGCUAAAAAUGAUCUUGUUGAAAAAAUUGAUAUCUUCUUAAAGGAGAAAAUUGAACUAUCAGAUAAAUUAAUCAUCCAAUCAGCUUCAAACCAUAUUCAAAAUGGAUCCACAGUUUUAACAUUUGGUAAUUCAAAUGUUUUAAAAGAAUUAUUUUUAUAUAAUGCUAAAGAAUUACAAAAAAAAUUCCGUGUUAUAAUAGUGGAUUCAAGACCUUUAUUCGAGGGUAAAAAAUUGGCUAAGAUCCUAACUUUAAAUGGAUUAAAAGUUCAAUAUGCCUUAAUUAAUUCAAUAACUUCAAUUUUCCAAGAUGUUGAUACAGUUUUCCUUGGUGCUCAUGCAAUGUUAUCUAAUGGGUUUUUAUAUUCAAGAGUUGGUGCAGCUUUGAUUGCAAUGACUGCUAAAAAGAGAAACAUCCCAGUUCUUGUAUGUUGUGAAUCUAUCAAGUUUUCUGAUAGGGUUCAAUUAGAUUCUGUUACGUUGAAUGAAUUGGGUGAUAAUGAUGAUUUGAUUGAUUGUAAUCAAUUGAAUCAUGUUAAGAAAUCAAGUGUUGCAUUACAAAAUUUUAUAGAGACUCAUGAAGAUGAACAGAAACAAAAAGAUCAACAACAACAACAAAAGAAGAAUAAUAAGAAUGAUAAAGAAAAAGAGAAUUCAAUUGUGCAAAAUGAAUUACCUUUGAAAGAUUGGAAAAAGAGUUCAUUUUUAAACAUUUUGAAUAUCAUGUAUGAUUUAACACCACCAGAGUAUAUUCAAAAAAUUAUUACAGAAGUUGGUGCAUUACCUCCAAGUUCUGUUCCAGUUAUUUUAAGAGAAUAUAAAGCA